AUGGCCCCAUCUGCUAAAUUGUACAAUUACGAACAGUCUCGUUCUCAAAGCUUGAAACCUUUUGCUAGUGAUCAAUUGACAGAAAUUGAUUCAGAAAAUAAUAGAUCUGAAGAUGCAAAGCAAUUGGUCGGCAAUGCGUUGAUGCAUCGCAUCUCUGAAGUGGAUCAUGAAGUCUGCGAUGCUGGCGACGAAGAUUCCUUUUUUGUGUGUGAUCUAGGUGAAAUCUAUCGUUCGUUUCAAACAUGGAUGAGCGCAUUGUCAAUGGUACGUCCUUAUUAUGCUGUUAAGUGUAAUAAUGAUAGAAAAGUAAUUGAACUUUUGGGCUCCUUGGGAGUAAACUUUGACUGUGCAUCCAGAAAUGAAAUCGAUAUGAUCUUGAAUUUGGGUUUCCUGCCAGAAAGGAUUGUGUAUGCAAAUCCUUGCAAAAACAAUUCUUAUAUUCGCCAUGCAGAUAAGGUUGGUGUCAAUUUAACUACAGUUGACAAUUGUCAAGAGUUGUACAAGUUGAAGAAAUUUCACCCUACUUGUGGAAUCCUUAUUAGAAUUGCUACAGAUGAUGAAACUGCUCAAUGUAGAUUGUCAACUAAAUUUGGUUGCUCCUUGGAUUCAGCAUUGAACGAAAUUUUGCCAUUGGCAUCUGAGUUAGAUCUCAAUGUUAAAGGCGUUGCUUUCCAUAUUGGAUCGGGAGCAAAAGAUUUCAAUUCCAUUUACAAAGCAAUUCAGGAAUCUAGAGCUAUCUUUGACAAAGGGAUCCAGGAUUUGGGCUUUUCAAUGCAAAUACUAGAUAUCGGUGGAGGGUUUGAAGCUGAGACAUUCGAGCAGUCUUCUUUUGUUGUGAAAAUUUCUCUAGAUAAAUUCUUCCCUGAACUGUAUUCUAAGGCACAUCAAAUUGAAUUCAUUGCAGAACCUGGCCGGUUUUUCGUAUCUCGAGCCUUUACUUUAGCCACCCAUGUGAUUGCUCGUAGAGAUAUUUCGCAUUCAUUGAAACAGUCCAGUGAAAUAGAAGCUAUGAUUUACAUCAAUGACGGGGUCUACGGUAAUUUAAACUGUAUUCUCUUUGACCAUCAACAGCCAGAACCUCAUGUCUUGACUCAUAAGGGCAUUUAUCGCUAUGGAGUCUACAGUGAUUCUGAUGUUGAUGAUGAGAAGGGCAAAUUUUUCUCGAUCUGGGGUCCAACCUGCGAUGGUUUGGACUGCGUAUCAAACAGGUCGCUACUUUCAGAAGACAUUCAAGUUGGAGAUUGGGUUUGCUUUCCUAAUUUGGGGGCAUACACUUCCGCAGCUACGACUUCUUUUAAUGGCUUGCAUACAAUGUCAGAUACUGUCUACGUAUGCUCCGAAGCCGUUACUGGCUUUUUUAUUUAA